AGGAAAAAUAGAACACAGUUGGAAACUGAAAACGACUAACCAGAGGAUUCCGACACGUUAAGUCCUCCACUGUCCACCCCAUUAAAUAUAAUGCAAAGAUUGUCUGCUAUUUCAUCAGCUAGCAGAGCUGAUUUGGAAGAAAUCAUGAACGUCCAUUUCGUUAUCUCUGUGUUUCUCUUAUUGGCAGUUUCUCUCCUCAGGGUGUCAUCCGAGAUGGAGCGGGCAAGCUUCCCACCCAGAGGUUGGAACUCUUAUGAUUCCUUUUGCUGGACUGUUUCUGAAGAAGAAUUCUUGCAAAAUGCUGAAAUCAUUUCUCAGCGUCUUAAAGCUCAUGGAUAUGAGUAUGUUGUUGUAGACUACCUUUGGUAUAGGACAAAGGUGCCAGGUGCUUAUGUGGAUUCUCUUGGAUUUGAUGUAAUUGAUCAAUGGGGAAGGAUGACCCCUGACCCAGAUCGGUGGCCUUCUUCCAGAGGUGGGAAAGGAUUCACUGAAGUAGCAAAGAAAGUACACAGCAUGGGCUUGAAGUUUGGGAUUCAUGUUAUGAGAGGAAUAAGCACACAAGCAUACAAUUCUAACACCCCUAUCCUGGAUACUAUCAAGGGAGGUGCAUAUGAAGAUUCUGGACGACAAUGGCGGGCCCAAGACAUAGGGAUCAAGGACAGAGCCUGUGCAUGGAUGCAACAUGGUUUCAUGAGUGUAAAUACCAAGUUAGAAGCAGGAAAAGCUUUCUUGAGGUCACUUUACGAACAGUAUGCUGAUUGGGGUGUAGAUUUUGUAAAACAUGAUUGCAUAUUUGGCGAUGACUUGGAUUUAGAAGAGAUAACAUUUGUAUCAGAGGUACAUAAAAAGCUUUAUCGCCCCAUUAUAUAUUCCUUGUCUCCUGGAACCAGUGUGACACCAGCCAUGGCCAAAGAUGUAAGCGGGUUAGUCAACAUGUACAGGAUAACAGGGGAUGAUUGGGAUACAUGGGGAGAUGUAGCAGCCCAUUUUGAUGUUUCAAGGGACUUCUCUACUGCUUGUUUGAUUGGUGCCAAAGGUUUGCUGGGGAAGUCAUGGCCUGACUUAGAUAUGCUACCCUUAGGAUGGCUUACUGAUCCAGGUUCUAACCAAGGUCCUCAUAGAACAUGUAACCUUAAUAUAGAUGAGCAGAAAACUCAGAUGACUUUGUGGGCAAUGGCCAAGUCUCCUCUUAUGUUUGGGGGAGAUGUUAGAAAACUUGAUGACAUCACCUACAAUUUGAUCACUAAUCCUACUAUUCUAGAAAUAAAUGAUUUUAGCUCUAACAAUAGGGAGUUUCCUUAUGUCAGUAGCAGAAAAUAUUAUAAUACAAAGCCUCUCCCACAACGAUCAACCAGAUUACUGAAGGAAGUGAGUACAUCACAUGGACAUGUUUUAGGUCUUAGUAGCUGCAAAGAUCCCAAUGUAAAUUGUUGGUCAACUGAAGCUCUUGACGGAGAUAUGGAACAGAUCUGCUGGGUGGAGAAGUUGGGAAGCCAUGGACCUUUAUGCCUAUACAAGAGAAAGCCUCUUCUAAAUUGGGAUGAAGGGAUUAUUUAUGGACAAAAUAAACACCAUUUAUUUGCGAGUGAUGGACUUGAGUUUUGCUUGGGUGCUUCUGCAAGACAGAAGCUUACUUCAGAAGAAUUGAAAAGCUGUUCAUUCUCACCUUGUAGAUGGGAUGCCAACCAGAUAUGGGAGUUGAAAAAUAAUGGAGCCCUCAUCAGCAAUUACUCUGGUCUCUGCGCUAAAGUCAAUUCAGUUAAAGCUAAAACCAUUUCCACUGGAGUUCGGUCUUGGGUUGCAGCUGGAAGAAAAGGAGAGAUAUAUGUUGCGUUUUUCAAUCUGAACCCAGAGAAGACGGUAAUAUCUGCAAAGAUUUUGGACAUGGAUAAGGUAUUUCCUGUGAAAAACUGGAAUCAAACUUCAUGUAAAUGCAGAGAAGCUUGGAGUGGUAAAGAUUUUGGAGUGAUAAAAGAUUCAAUAUCAAUUGCAGUAGAGAUACAUGGUUCUGCACUCUUUGUCCUAAAAUGUGACUAGUAUAGAUUGAUUGGAUGCAGAUGAAAUAUUUUUGUGUUUCCAAUCCACUCCACCCCAUAUUCAAAUUCACAGAAAUGUGGGAUCUGUUUAUUAAAUGUAAUGAGGGCCUAUACCAAUUAAGUUUUGUAUCAUUAACUAUUCUGUCACACAUUCUUUUAUUUUUCCGUUUUGUUUAGA